UCUGGCUCCUUAAGGGAAGGAGUAGGGAAAGGACAGUUCUGUCUCGUGCCUUUAUCAGGGACUCCUCCCUCCUUUCUAUUUACUGGCUGUGAUCAAACAUCUAAGCUUUAUAAAGCAAGCUAGUGGUUGUCCUUUCCAAUGCCUCACUCAGCACACCUUCUGUCACCAGAACAAGUAUCCAAUGAGGAAAAUGAACACACUGCUCCUUGUGAGCUUAUUUCUCCUCUACCUCCAAGAGGUUACGGGUCUGAGGUGUAAUACCUGCAUGUACACGGAAGGAUGGAAGUGUAUGGCAGGCCAAGGCACUUGCAUUGCAAAAGAAAAUGAGUUAUGUUCAACAACAGCCUAUUUCAGGGGAGAAAAACAUAUGUAUUCAACACAUAUGUGUAAGCAUAAGUGCCGGGAAGAGGAGUCCUACAAAAAAGACCUAUUGAGAGUGACACUGUGCUGUGACAAAAACUUCUGUAACGUCUUCUAAUGGAGCUUAUGAACUUGCAGAGGAUCAUCUGUUCAAGAUUCAGAAUCAAGACCAACCAACAUGAACUGUUUUAUUUCCUACACCAAAUUCCAUAUUAGCCUAAGAUCCCAGAGAGAGCUGCAGGGGUCGUGUCCUCAUUGCAGUGAAGGGGCUCCCCACACCAACCUCCACCAUUAGAUCCCUACAAUCAUGAGCAUUGAAACAAAAUCCUCCAUGAGCUGUGCUUACUUUUUUGUCUUUUACUCCUGAUUUCUGAUUUAUAUCCCUAUGGUAGGGUAAAUAAUGGACCCCCAAAUAUUUUUACAUCCUAAUCUCUGGAACCUGUGAAAGUUACCUUAAAUGGCAAAAGGGACCUUGAAAAUAUGAUUAAGGAUCUUGAGAAGGG